CCUCACAGCCCAUAUCCAACUGCCUUACAGCCCACAGGGCUCUCCCCUCCCUCUCUCUCGCCGCCGCAGCCUCCUCGCACAUCUCAUCUCCGUCCUCGCCCGCUGCCGCUCCCGCCGCCCCGCACCCCUUCCGCACGGAUCCGCCUGCCCAUCCUCCGCAUCUCCAUGGCCGGACAUUCGGGUACCGCUCACGCCAGCGGCCGCGGGAAGACUCCGCCCCCCUCCACCAAUCUCCUCCGCAUUUCAAUGGCGGGAGACCCGGACCAAGCUCGCACUUCACCUUCGCACUGCCGUGGCCGCGGCCGCGGCCGCGGCCGCCUUGACUCCCAGGCCCCCAAGGGCAACCAGGCCGUUACAGACGAGCCCGAUUGUACGGUCGUCACCUCGUUCUUGCGCGGCCGCGGGAAGAUUCCACCCCCCUCCACCAAUCUCCCCCGCAGCUCAAUGGCGGGAGACCUGGACCAAACUCGCACUUCACCUUCGCACGGCCGCGGCCGCCUUGGCUCCCAGGCCCCCAAGGGCAAGCAGGCCGUUACAGACGAGUCCGAUUGUACGGCUGUCACCUCCUCGCGCGGCGGCGGGAAGACUCGGCCGCCCUCCACCAAUCUCCUCCGCAGCUCAAUGGCGGGAGAUCCGGACCCAGGAUUUGUGGCGGACACGCGGCGGAUCAGCCAGGCCCUCGCCGCUCCCCCAACUUGCGCCAGCUCGUCACGUACUAAGUCAUCGAGCAGCUUCUCGAGCGGCCGCGCAGCACUUCCUUUCAUGGACAAAGGCAAGCAACCUGCCAAGGAGCAGGUGGCUGAGAGGCCACAGCCUACGGGAUUUAUGGCGGACGCGCGGCGGAUCAGCCGGGGCCCUACUGCUCCUCCAACUCAUGCUACUUUGUCUUAUACCAAGUCACGAAACAGGGUCAGAGAGGAGGCAGUGUCAAAUUUUACGCUCAAGCCUUUAGGAUCUACCGUGACAAGACCUUUUAUACUCCGCAAUGAAGUGUUCACAGAGCUGCUCCCGCAUCAGGUGGAGGGCCUGGAAUGGCUUUGGAAUAUCCAUUGCCGUGGAACGGGAGGGUUAGUAGCUGAUGAUAUGGGUCUCGGCAAGACUAAACAGAUACUAGCAUUUUUAGCAGGUCUCCUUGAAUCAAAGCUGAUGAAAACAGCACUAAUUGCUGUUCCUGCAGCCAUUGUGCAUCAAUGGAUUGAAGAAAUGAUUGAUCUUGGCCUAGAGAACUACAUACACAUAUUUAAGGAUAAACAAACAAGGAAAGAGGAGCUUGCCAAGUUUUGUGAGUCUGGGGGCCUUCUUAUCACUACACACACUCUAGCAACUAAUAAUUGGUCAGUGCUGAAGGGGCCGUGGGACUAUAUGAUCAUUGACGAGGCUCAUGUUACUUGCAAAAAGGAGACAUUAAAGUCAUACUGUAACUUGCAGAGGCUUCAUUGUAGCCACAGAAUACUCCUUACUGGAACUCCAUCACCGAAUGGGUUGAAGGAGUUACGCGCAAUUCUUAACUUCUGCUGCCCAGGAAUAUUCAGUUCUGUGAAGGACUUUCAUGAAAACUAUUUAGCUCCUCUUGUCGAAGGAAACUACAAGGGGUCUUCUUCAGAGCAGCUGAAUGAGUCUUUCAAGGCUUCGCAGAAACUGCAAGGUCUGCUCAGUCCUUGCUUCUUGAGAAGAUUGAAAAAUGUGCUAUCAUCUACAGAUACGCCUGAGAAAAAAAGAUUAAAUUUACCUGAAAAGGUUGAGUUUGUCGUUUGGCUUAGAUUGUCGCCUUAUCAGGAGAAGUUAUACAGAGAGCUUCUGAGUGGUGGUAUUGUUCGAAAAAACAACCCAGGAGAAAUGAUAGUAGCUUCAACGCUAAUGCAAAAAAUUUGCAACCAUCCUACUAAAUUGGACAAGAUAAGUCAAGAAGACCUAGAUGGUACGCAGAGAUUUGUUCUAAAAUGCAUGGUAAAAAAAUUAAGAAGCAGAACAUCUACAGAUGAUAGACAUUUUUCUGAAGAACAUCACUCUUCAAAACUUGAUAUCAUAGUGAGGUUGCUGGAAAGGUUUAAUGAGCAAAAGCUUCGAGUGUUGAUAUUCUCUCGAACUUGCGAAAUGCUGGAUGCCAUUGAGGCGUUCAAAAAAGCUGACGGAGCGCCUAUUUUCUUAAUUUCCUCCUUCUCCGGUGGUACUGGAUUAGAUCUUCAUAUUGCUUCAAGAGCAAUCAUUGUGGAGCCAUUCUGGAAUCCAUGUGUUGAUGACCAAAGUGCCGAUCGCAUUUAUCGUGUGGGGCAGAAGAAAAAGUGCAUUAUCUAUAGACUAAUUAGCUCGGAAACUAUUGAAGAGAUUGUGUAUAAAGCACAGGUUUUCAAACUAGGCAUUUUUAAGUCUGCCACUGAGAAUAAGGACUUUCAAAGAUAUAUUACCGAAAAGAGGAAUGAGCUUCUGAAAACACCUCCAAAUGGGUAUGGAAGUUCAAGAACUCUACAAGAGUUAGAGAAGGAACCCACCCAAACCUUGUCUGAGGAGAUGAGCAACGAACUAAAUUUCCUCAAGAACAGAGAUAUUGUGGGUGUGUCCAUUCACGGUGCAUUGUUUCAAGGAGCGCCAAGUAGAAAGCCUAUUAAGAGCGAUGAUUCAGGCGGCUCAAUUGAAACAAACUGGCACUUGGAUGAGAAAGAAAACUUAAGAAUGGCACGACAAAAUAAAAUUGCAUUUCAUGAAGCUGAAAUUAGAAACUAUAAAAGUUUGUUAGCCCAGAUUAGCAAGGGAGGAAGGCUACUUCCUGAUGGGGGAGCAAAGCUUGUUCAGACCAUUGCACGUAAUACGGAUGCUCUUUCUAAGCUGGGUGCAGAUACAGACCCAAAAGAUGACACGUAAUUCUUUGUUAUCAGCAGGCUGACCUGAAAGAUUGUAAAAGAUGGUUGUGCAAAACAGAAAGAAAUCAGAGUCACCAUGCUUUGGUGUUGAUUCCAAGGAACAGAUUUAUGUUAUUUUGUUAUGAGAACAGUUUGUAGCUUUCUGUAACAUCUGUAUGAAUCAUUUUCUUUCCGGUAAUUUGGUUAACAUAUUACCAUUGAGCUAGAUAAUUUUAGUUACUUGAAAUGUUAGUAAACACAGCUUUUGAUGAAAUAGUCACUUGUUUGAAGUCAUGAAAAAGAAAAAUGAGAGAAUAAAUAUUUCAUGGUUACUUCAAAUAUUCGAUUCUGAGCUCAGGCUCAGAUGAUUCUGA